GUAUCGUCGGGUGGAAGCGUGGUACAGGAGCUUGACACAUGCUCAUUCAUUUAGCCGGUAGUAGCGAUCUUCGGUCUUCGGCUGUGACUUCUCUUCUGUUGUAACGUUUUCUGAGAGGGAUCUUUCCUUUUUAAAGUUAGCAAGAUGUGCGGUAUAUGGGCGCUGUUCGGCAGCGAUGAAUGCCUUUCGGUCCAGUGCACCAGUGCCAUGAAGAUAGCGCAUCGCGGGCCGGACGCGUUCCGCUUCGAGAACGUCAACGGCUACACCAACUGCUGCUUCGGGUUCCACCGGCUGGCCAUCGUGGACCAGCUGUACGGCAUGCAACCGCUGCGCAUCAAGAAGUUCCCCUUCCUCUGGCUCUGCUACAACGGCGAGAUCUACAACCAUCUCAGACUGAAGGAGGCGUUUGAGUUUGAGCACCAGACUAAAGUGGACGGCGAGAUCCUGCUGCACCUGUACGAGCGCUUCGGCAUCGAGAAGAUGGCGUCCCUGCUGGACGGAGUGUUUGCCUUCGUGCUGCUGGACACGGCCAACAACAAGGUGUUCCUGGGCAGAGACACCUAUGGCGUCAGGCCCAUGUUCAAACUGCUCACCGACGAUGGCUUCCUCGCAGUCUCCUCUGAGGCCAAAGGCCUCACCCACGUGUGCCACUCCAGCGCGUCCGAGGCGAGCGUGGUGCCCUUCCCCCCCGGGCACUUUGAGGCCUUCAGCCUGAAGGCGUCGGGCAAGGUGGAGUCCCUCCAGAUGGACCGCUUCCACAGCUGUGUGGACCAGCCGGCCCACGCCCUCUACGACAGCGUGGGCACGGUGCCCUCAGACUUCCAGCUGGCGACGGUGAAGAGCAACAUCAGGACGCUGUUUGAGAGCGCCGUCAAGAAACGCCUGAUGGCCCACAGGAGGAUCGGCUGCCUCCUCUCAGGUGGGCUGGACUCCAGUCUCGUGGCGGCCACACUGGUGAAGCUGGCCAAGCAGGAGGAGCUGAAGUACCCCGUCCAGACCUUCGCCAUCGGCGCGGAGGACAGCCCGGACAUUCUGGCCGCACGCAAGGUGGCUGCAUACAUAGGCAGUGAACACCACGAGGUGUCCUUCACCCCUGAGGAAGGGAUCAAAGCCCUAGAGGAAGUUAUCUUCCAUCUGGAGUGCUAUGACAUCACCACUAUCCGCGCCUCCGUAGGCAUGUACCUGGUGUCCAAGUACAUCCGUGAGAAGACAGACAGUGUGGUCAUCUUCUCCGGGGAGGGGGCAGACGAACUCACUCAGGGAUACAUCUACUUCCAUAAGGCUCCAUCUCCUAAAGCAGCAGCUGAAGAGAGUGUGCGUCUGCUGAAGGAGCUCUACUACUUUGAUGCGCUGAGAGCAGACCGCACCACUGCUGCUCAUGGGCUGGAGCUCAGAGUGCCUUUCCUGGACCACAGAUUCACUGCCUACUACCUGUCCUUACCUGAGGAGAUGAGAGUUCCCAAGGAAGGUGUGGAGAAGUUCCUCCUGCGAGAUGCUUUUGAGGGAGAGAACCUGAUCCCAAAGGAGAUUCUGUGGAGACGCAAGGAGGCCUUCAGCGACGGCAUCACGUCUGUCAAGAAGUCCUGGUACACCAGCCUACAGGAACACAUUGAGUCUGAGGUGAACGACUCAGACCUCGAGAUGGCUGCAAAGACGUUCCCCUUCAACCCCCCCAAGACCAAAGAGGGCCUGUACUUCAGGCGGAUCUUUGAGAAGCUCUACCCCGGCCGCUGCCAGUGGACCCCCCACUACUGGAUGCCCCGCUGGAUCAACGCCACCGACCCGUCCGCCAGAACCCUCUCCAUCUACAAACCUGACAAGGACCAGUAGAACCCUCUCCCCCAGAACCCUCUCCAUCUACAAACCCGACAAGGACCAGUAGAACCCUCUCCAUCUACAAACCUGACAAGGACCCCUAGAACCCCUCCCCCGGAACCCU